UCUCGAGUACGAGCACACCUGGGUUUCUUUCAUCAUGUGGAAAUUGAUCUGUCGGUUUGUCGUCUACAAUUCGUUAACCAUUGUUUCUUCUCUGCUCAAGUCUCUUUGAUUUUGCUGACCUCGAUUGAGAGUGAUUGUCUUCGUUAAAACAUCUCACAUUGAUCAUAUACGCUCGCACAGGAGAGAUUGUUCUAAAAUUUGUACGUGCUUCAAAAAGGGUAUUGUAUGAGUCAAAAAAUAGAAAAACCGAUACUAUCAGGUCAACGCAUAAAGACCAGAAAAAGAGAUGAAAGAGAAAAAUAUGACCCAACUGGAUUUCGAGAUGCAGUUUUACUUGGUUUGGAGAAAGCUGGUAACGACUUAGAAGCAAUUUCUAAAUUUUUGGAUGCGGCUGGUUCUAAGUUGGACUAUCGUCGAUAUGGAGAGGCACUAUUUGACAUCAUGAUAGCUGGAGGCCUUUUAGUUCCUGGUGGUUCCAUUGCUCAAGAUGGUGACAAACCAGUUAAAACUAGUGCAUGUGUUUUUGAACAGCCAGAGGACAUGGAGUCUAUGCGAAAUUUUGAACAGGUCUUUAUCAAGCUCAUGCGGCGUUACAAAUAUCUGGAGAAAAUGUUUGAGGAAGAAAUGAAGAAAGUAUUAGUUUUCAUGAAAGGAUUUUCACCUAAAGAAAGAAUCAAGUUAGCUAGGAUGACCGCACUAUGGAUCUCGAAUGGUUCCGUACCACCCACAGUACUCUCAGUCCUGAUAAAUGAACAUCUUGUUAAGGACAAUUUGGCAUUAGACUUUCUACUGGAAGUCUUUGUUACUUGGAAACAGGAGAAGGGUUUAUCUAGUUUAAUGACAGCUUUGAAAAAAGGCGGUAUUGAGGGAAGGUUAAUGGAGUUUGUACCACCGAAUAAACGAACAGAGGAACACUUCCGGUCUGUAUUCGAAGCAGUAGGCUUAGCGGAUAUUGUCAAAUUACACAAGGCUCAAGCCAGUCAAGAAGCUAAGCGGGAUUUGCAACAACUUCUCUUGGAUGAUUUAGCAGAAAAUAGACCGAUGAAAGACAUUACAUUAGAUCUCAAAGAAAUGGCACAAAGGAGUGGCAUUCCUGAACAUGAAGUGAUUGGAUUGAUUUGGGUUGUCGUAAUGGGCCAAGCUGAAUGGAACAAGAAAGAAGAGUUAGUCGCUGAACAAGCACUGAAACAUUUAAAAGUUUAUACCCCACUGUUCGGUGCUUUUACAACCACUGCCAGAUCUGAGCUUGCACUCAUCCUCAAAGUCCAGGAGUUCUGUUAUGAAAACAUGAAUUGCAGUAGAUAAUUUUGUUAUGAAGAAACAAAUGUUUGAUUUUUAGCGGAAGUUGUAUCGGAAGAUGUAAUAUUGAAGUGGUAUAAAGAAGGACAUUCCGUGAAGGGAAAAAUGCUCUUUCUAGACCAAAUGAAAAAAUUUGUGGAAUGGCUACAGAAUGCUGAAGAGGAAUCUGAAUCAGGAGAAGAAGAGGAUUAGAUCUUCAAGAAAACGCAUCGUUGCUAGUGACAAGAAACGAUAAUCCUAAAAUUUCAAGAUAGAUCAAGAACAAUAUCAAUCGCAAAAGGCAUACGGA